ACAAAACCACGAGCAAUAAUUAUUAUAAAUUAUAUUUAGUACCGUUAGAUUUUAAAGUUAUGAUAUAGGGAUUGAAGAUUGUGUCAUCGCAAGGCUUUAAUAAUUAUGCGAAUUAUAAUGUUUCACAAAAUAUGUGAAGAGUUGGACUGACUUUGAACAAAUAAAAAUAAAUCUAGAAGAAUGUACUAUUAUUCUGUAGAAUGGAAUGUGCAUAAAAAGGAAAUGAUUUUAAAUAUGCAACAUACAUUUAAGGAUAUGUAUAUUAGAAGACUAUAAAUUUGGUUCGGAGUAUAUUUUGUAAAAAAGUGUUCUGCUGGAUUAAAAUCAGAGUGAACCAGGGGCAGUUGGUUCGCACCCACAUAGAGAGAAGGAUUGGAAAGAAGUACACAUCAUGAAUAGCGAUAAAAGUAAAAACCAGCUACAGGAAUGGAAAACAUACUUAUACCAACUACAGAAAGAGGCCCCGAAACCAAAGAAGAUGAUAUGUAAAUUAGAGCCUGCAGACAAACCAAAAUACUAUGGGGAUGAGUAUCAUGGUCAAAUAUCACGUCAUGAAGCAGAAGACAUAGUGUUUCAGGGAGGUGAAGGCAGUUACCUAGUCAGAAAAAGUGAUAGGGCACCAAAUGCAUUCUCAUUAACAAUACGGUUUGAUAAUGAUACAAGGAACUACAAGUUAUACUAUGACGGACUGUAUUUUGUAGGUGACAAAAGAUUUGAAACAGUUGAACAGUUAGUUGCUGAUGGAUUAAUUCAUUUUUAUAUAGAAUCGCGAGCCUCUGACUUUAUUGCAUUUCUGUCUGGCGAGUCAAAGCAUACACAGUCGCCAUAUCUAUCUUACUUGAUUAAAAAGAAAGGGCUCCAAAUAUCACGAGAAAACGUUUCACAUAAUCAAGUCAGUCAGACAGGCGCCAAUGCUACAGCUCCAUUGAUAACGUCAACGCCGGAUGAAGAUGUUAAUUAUAUCAAAGCUGAUGGCAUAAUUGAUGUGUCAGUCCCUAAGAAAGCUCAUGUCUUUAAAACGCAUACAUUCACAGGGUUUCACAGGUGUGACUGUUGUUAUAGCGUUAUUUGGGGGCUAAGAACAAAGGCGUUGAAGUGCCAAGAUUGUGGUUUUAAGGCUCACAAGAAAUGUUCAGAGAUAGUGCCAAAUGAUUGCAUGGAACAGAGUGUAAACAGAGGCAAUUUGAUCCCAGCAGAAAUCUUGAGAAUGGACAAAAGAUCAAUCGAACUAUAUAAGGAAGUUUUGCAAGUGGGGCAUGAGUCUGUUCAUAAUAUUCGCGUUAUGGUUGUUGGGCAUUAUGGAGUUGGAAAGACAACUCUGACAAAACGUUUAUUUAAAGAAGAUAUAAACAUAAACAAACAAGAGAGCACAAACGGAAUUGACGUGCAUAUUAGAAAAUGCAAAGUGUCCCUCGAAAAUGGCGAGUGGAAAAUGCUUGAUACAGGUCAGAAGUCUAUACAUAACCGUUUGGUAAAACUGUUGACCAAGAAAAUUCUCGGCAAGAAAAACCCGGAAGAGGAAGCUGUACCUAUUUCAGCUGAAGUAAAGUGUACGGGUAGCGAUAAUACCAUCUAUCAAGGUCAGAAGCGUACACAUUAUCGUAAAGUUCUAGAGACAGACAGUUGGGACGCUCCAAACGUCUCUAAAAUACCUACUAGUUCUACACUGGACCCGUCAGAAGAUUAUUUUCGAAAUCAGUUUUUGGAUUUGAUAAAGGAACAGUCGCAGCUACCUACAGACGACAGAGACGCAAAUACGGCAGAUCUCUCGAUGUGGGACUUUGCAGGACAGUAUGCGUUCUAUGCAACACACCAGGUGUUUUUGUCCAGACGCGCUGUGUACUUGCUGGUCACUGAUAUGUCCAAACACAUGGAGGAUAUAGUUCAGGAUGACGACUGUUUCCCGGAUAGUGAUGGCGCGAAAAACUGGAGAAUAUCAGAAUUCGUAGAAUUUUGGUUAAGGUCCAUACACGAGUUUUGUAGUUCUUCAGAUGAUCAGGGGCCACCAGUCUUGCUUGUCGGUACAUUUGCUGACAAACUAAAUCAGGAAAAGAAAGAAGAUAUGAUAGAUGAAUUCUUCUACACACUGAGGAAAUCGCUUGUAGAUAAAGCCACAAACUGUCAUCUCACGGACGAAGAUUUUGCCAUAGACAACUCUAUUGUUGAUAGAAAUAUUGAAAAGCUGCGACAACAUAUUUUUAAAGUAGCUUCAAGGCAAAAUUACUGGGGAGAAUUUAUUCCGGCAAGAUGGUUAACUCUGGAGAACAGUAUUGAUAAUUUAAAAGACAAGGGUGAAAAGGUUCUUCGAAAAUCUGAAUUCCGCGAUCUGAACUACCGUUUACCUGUUCCAUUAGAAACAGAGGAUGAACUAGAACUGUUUUUGAGAUUUCAUCAUGAAACUGGAAAUAUACUGUACUACAGAGAUGAUAAGCUAAACGACACCAUUGUCCUUGAUCCUCAGUGGUUGGUAGAUGCUUUUAAAAACUUGAUUACUGCCAGGAUGUUCUGCUGUAGAAAGUCGGAAAUAUUCAAGAAAUGGAUCGAAUUUGACCAGUCAGCCAUCCUAACCCACGGACUAAUUGAUGCAGUUUGGGAUAAAGAGGAUAACUCAUUGUUUCAUGAGCACAAGGAAUUGUUGCUGAACUACCUUGAGAGGCUAGGAUUAAUUGCAAAACCCCAUGAAGAGUCUGUGACAGAUUACUACUUUGCUCCAUGCGUUCUUAAAACGUGCCCAACGGCGGAUCUGCUGUCAUGCCUUGAUUGUGAAAAUCAGAAAUCAACAAGUAAAUUGUGUUUCACGACGACAUCUGGAUUCCUACCCACAGCUGUCUUUAACAAACUUCUGGCGGCCUGCAUCAGUAAAUGGACUCUGUCAAAAAUAAACGGAAAGCGCCUGAUAUUCUGUGGGUUCGGUGUAUUUGAUCUUGAAAGUAAUCAUUCACUAUAUGUGCAUUUCUUUGACAAUGUUAUACAGAUAUGGAUAACAAAACUAAGCAUAAAAGAUGAGCCAAGCACUGAUUUAUGUUCAGAAGUAAAUGCCUUUGUUACGGUGUUUCUCCAGGAUACAUAUAGAUGUUCAAGUGAUAUAAAAACACUUCUGAGAUGUAAGUAUGCCGAAGUUCGCUCCAGUGAGAAUGGAUUUGGACUAGAUGAGAUUUUUGACAAGGAAGAGGUUGUAUGUAAAUGUAGAGCAUCGCAACACGUAUUACGGACAGAAGAGCUUACGAAAUACUGGUUUUUUGAUGUAUCAUCUGAUAUGCACUUUGACAAUGCUCGUGAGCUUAACGAAAAGGAGCUGAGUACCAUUGCACAAGCUAUUGGAGACGGAUGGGAGCUUUUAGGAUCUGAGCUUGGACUGACUGCAGUAGAAAUGGAACACAUAUCUGCAGAUAACAAGAAAGUUGUCAUGCAAAUCUACCAAAUGCUGUUGAAAUGGCGUUCCAAAAAUGCAAAUGAAGCCACAGUGGGUCGCCUUCAUAAAGCAAUGAAACGCUGCAGAAAAGUUACAUUUGACUGGGCAGUUAUUGAAUCAGUAUUGGACUAACCUCACUUGACAAAACUAUUAAAGAUUAGGCAUCGUAGAAACAUACCAGUUUUAAAAUGAUAACUUUCCUAAAGAUAAAAUGCAAACAUGGCAUACAAUGAGUUAAUAUACGCAUCUCAAGCGUGUAUGCAGAGUCCAUCUACUCGGAGUAGCAGACAUUAAGAUCUUUGCAUACUUUGGUGCCUUCAGUUUAGAGCAAUAUGAUCAAAUGAUCCUUUUUUCAGCAGGGAAUCGUUAUUUCAAAAUAGUAAAAGCGCCUUUAAAGCUGCGUUCCAUGGAAUCGCAAGCAGACUUAUCAUUUGUCUAUAUUUUCUUUUUGGUUUCAGACUAUGCAAACAGCAAUUAUUAUGUCUCCCCCAGGAGACAUAUUGUUUUUGCCCUGUCCGUCCGUCCGUUCUUCCGUCCGUCCGUCCGUCCGUACGUCACACUUCAUUUCCGAGCAAUAACUGGAGAACUAUUUGACCUAGAACCUUCAAACUUCAUAGGGUUAUAGGGCUGCUGAAGUAGACGCCCCCUAUUGUUUUUGGGGUCACUCCAUCAAAGGACAAGGUCACAGGGGCCUGAACAUUGAAAACUAUUUCCGAUCAAUAACUAGAGAACCACUUGACCCAGAAUGUUGAAACUUCAUAGGAUGAUUAACCAUGAAGAGUAGAUGACCCCUAUUGAUUUUGGGAUCACUCCGUCAAAGGUCAAGGUCACAGGGGCCUGAACAUCGAAAACCAUUUCCGAUCAAUAACUAGAGAACCACUUGACCCAGAAUGUUGAAACUUCAUAGGAUGAUUGGUCAUGCAGAGUAGAUGACCCCUGUUAAUUCACUCCGUCAAAGGUCAAGGUCACAGGGGCCUGAACAUUGAAAACCAUUUCUGAUUAAUAACUAGAGAACCACUUGACCCAGAAUGUUGAAACUUCAUAGGAUGAUUGUACAUGCAAAGUAGAUGACCCCUAUCGAUUUUGGGGUCACUCCAUUCAAGGUCAAUUUCACAGGGGCCUGAACAUUGAAAAACAUUUCCGGUCAGUAACUUGAGAACCACUUGACCCAGAAUGUUGAAACUUAAUAAGAUGAUUGGUCAUAAAGAGUAGAUGACCCCUAACGAUUUUGGGGUCACUCUGUGAAAGGUCAAGGUCACAGGGGCCCGAACAUUGAAAACCAUUUCCGGUCAGUAACUUGAGAACCACUUGACCCAGAUUGAUGAAACUUCAUAGGAUGAUUGGUCAUGCAGAGUAGAUGAACCCUAACGAUUUUAGGGUCACUCUGUUAAAGGUCAAGGCCACAGGGGCCUGAACAUGGAAAACCAUUUCCAAUCAAUAACUUGAGAACCUCUCGACCCAGAAUGUUGAAACUUCAUAGGAUGAUUGUUCAUGCAGAGUAAAUGACCCUUAUUGUUUUUGGGAUCACUCCGUUAAAGGUCAAGGUCACAGGGGCCUGAACAUUGAUAACCAGUUCCGAUCAAUAACUUGAGAACCACUUGACCCAGAAUGUUGAAACUUCAUAGGAUGAUUGAACAUGCAGAUGACCCUUAUUGAUUUUUGGGUCAGUCUUUUAAAGGUCAAGGUCACAGUGGCCUGUUCAUGUAAAAUCAUUUUUUGGAAAUAACUUGAGAACCACUUGACCUACAAUGUUGAAACUUAAUAGGAUGAUUGGACAUGCAGAGUAGAUGACCCCUAUUUAUUUUGAGGUCACUUGAUCAAAGGUCAAGGUCACAGGAGCCUGAACAGUGACUGGAGAACCACUAGGCUACGAGUGUUGAAAUUUAGCGGGAUGACUGGACAUGCCAAGUAGAUGAUCCCUAUUGCAGCCAACCAUCAGUGUCUCUUUGACUUUCGCUCCUGACCCCUAUUGACUUCUUGCCUAUAGGACUUUGCAUUGGGGGAGACAUGCGCUUUUUUACAAAAGCAUUUUCUAGUUUUAUUCAAAUUUCAUUUUGUUACUUUGUAAUCGCUUAUUUUCCUCGGAGUACCGAAACCUAUUUUCAGAACUUGAAAUUGAAAGUACUAACUGUCGCUUUUAUUUUUAGAUUUGGAUUUUCCAGACUGUUCCAUUUAUUAAAUAAGGGUUUGAAAUAUAUUUUAAGAACACUGAUAAAUCGGAAUCUUCAAAGUCACGCAAGGAACUGAAGUGUGCCAUUAGGAAUAAGAUAUACUCUCCUAAUUCUAUUUAUCGUUCGUUUGUAGAGAGAGUUGAAUGCCAUUUUCCUUGCCAAACUGAGUAUGGCUAUUUUCUCAACGUGUCAGAGUAUGUAAUAUGCAAACGAUAAAACAAUUUUAUCCUCAUGAAAAUCGUGCACUCCCGUGCAAGUACACACCAUGUUGAAUAAUUCACAAUCAAGAAGAUAUUUGAAAAACCUGUGUUAUAUGCGAAAAGAGCAAAAUGAUACUAGUAAUGCAAUUCAAAUACAUAUUAACAUUAUCACCAUUUUGAAGUGUAUGUUAGCAAAAUAUAAAAUGAAAAAAUAUAAAAUAAAACAAAAUAUUAAUCUCCGUUGGAGUUCGAACUCACAAAAGUUAGAUUCUAGAGCCGUCACGCUUACCACUGCACCACGGCCUCUUGUUAUCGGAAGAAGCAGUCAUUUAAAUAUCUAUUAUAAAAAUAGGUUAUAAAAAGGUAGGGUACUCCUCUACUGAAGUAGUUUAUCCCAGUAACCUUUCAAAUCUAUAAAUAAAAGUCACAGCUAGUAAUUGCUUUGCUAUUUUUAGAACUGCUAAGUGUCGUCGACGACACUUAGUAGUUUACCACUUAAAUCUUUGAAAGUACGCCGAAUUUAACAAUUAUCAAUGUUUCACUAUUGAAACCAGAAUUAAUUGACAACGUACAAGUAGAAUUUUUUUUCUUUAACGAAAUUUAAUUAGACUGUGGAAAGCAGCUUUAAACAAAAUGGUUACAUUUAUACUGUAUUAUACAAAUUUACGAAAUACUGUACCAAGUUGCUUAUUUUAAGCAUGUGGUGAAUGACGUUGCGUUAGCUGAGUGAUCAAGGGCACUGUUUUUGAUACAAAAUCCUGUCUGGGUUAUUCAAUGUCGGUAGUGUCAAUAAGAUAUCAGCUUGUACUUAAUAGUAUGCUUGGAGGAAAAUCUGAUGUCUGCCCUAAAUAGUCUUCAAAUAACUUAAGUGGGUAUGAUUGAAAGCUCACCAGACUAACCUUAACUCAUUAAAUCACUUCACAGCGCCUUUAUUACACGAUAGUUGAUGUGAAUAUCUUUAAAUAUUUUCCAGUUCACCGCCGUGGGUUCAAACCCUACGCGGGUCAUCAGCCAGGGAGUCAUAUAGCGUUUCCGGAAGGUCGGUAGUUCUGAUACAUUAUGUAAGGUUGGGUAUCUAGAGUCUUCUUCGUAUGACCUACAUUGUAUGUUUGCGACUUUAAAAAUAAAGCUACUAUAUGUCGUUGUGCCAAUGUGCUAAAAAUCAUGUUUGUUAUGUUAGAAAAUAAAAUAUAGAUAUGGAUAAUGGACUCUAUGAUCCCCAUGGAUCAGAAGUUAUAAAAAAAACGCUGAAUCCAAGCACGAGGAGACUUUAAAGAAAAGUCAGAACUAUUGGAGACAAGCGCGAUCCCUUGCAUUCUCAUCUUCACUAUUUUGACUGGUUUUCACUUGUGGAUACAUUUCCGUCAUGAAAAUAAAUUUAGCAUUUUAAAUCAUAUUUCAGACGUUAUAUUAGUCUAUAUAUAAAUCAUGGUUUUAUAACUAAGUGUGCCAUAAACAAGUAAGCUGACAAAGGCACUUUAAUUUGAAAGUGAAUAAAUACAUGCUGAAAUCUGAGGAAGAUAACAGUUUGUCCUUUUUACAAGCAGUUUUAUCCGGAUAACAAAUUUUAAAACGUAAAUGUAAUAAAAGUAAUUUUCGGAAAAACAUGGUACUGUUUUCUGAAUCAAAAUAAUAAGGUAUUUCACAACUGUUCGAGGUAAUUCAUUAAACGGUUUGGUUUAGUAUAUGUACUUCUUGAUCUCAUUGGUAAGUACAUAAUAAAUUAUGUAUCACCCAGUGUAAUACUUUAAGUUGUGCAUCCGAACAUAUAUAUGUAUAUUGAGGUCAUUUAACUGUCUUAAGUUAUAUGUAUGAUAGCCAACUGUAUAUAUACAACUUAUUUUUAAGAUCAAAGGUAUGACUAGAAUACUAUGUUGCAAGCAGGUGUCUUGAGAACACUAAGAAUAUCAACAUCAAUCAACCUAUUUUUAACAAGUUUAUUAGUACUUUGAACAAUGCAUGUUGAUCAUGACAGACAUGUAAUACAUGUAUGAAAGAAUUACAAUCAUUGUAUAUGCACUUUAUAUAUAUGGAAUCAUAUUUCCUUGUUAUACCUGUCUUUAAAAUUGUUAUGCACUUAGUUUAUAAAUAAAGGUGUUGUCAUUUGACAA